AAUAAGAAAAGUUCUUGUUUAAUGUUUUGUAGCUGGUAUAUGUGAGUUUCUACAAAGAGAAAUCAUGAACUUCAGACUCUCAUCACUGAUCCUGCUGUUACACAUUCAAGGGUCCCUAACAUUGGAUAACUUUAUUGUAACCUGUAAUAAACAGAAUAUUUGUGCUGCGAUGGGGACAUGGGUGACAGUGAGGUGCUCUUACUCAAACAUCAACAUCAAAACUGGGUUCUGGUUCAGUCAGAAACAGAGAACAAACUGGAGAAACAAAGAUGAACCUGAAGAUUUGACUUUAGAUUCAGAUUACUCAGGACGAGUGAAUCAAGAGAUCACUGAAGAUUACUCAAAGCUAAUAAUAUCAGAUGUGAUAGAUAGAGACAGUGGAGAAUAUCAGCUCAUGUUCAUUAUGAAGGAUGGAGUUAAACAUCUCAGCUCAGUCACAGUCAAUCUAACAGUUUCAGUUUUACAGGUGAAGAUGAAUCCUGAAUCUACAGGACAGCGAGUAAAACUGAGCUGUGAUUCCUCCUGCCCAAAAACAUCUGAAUAUGAUUACUACUGGUACAAGAAUGGACAACAUUUAACAUAUAACCAAAACAUAUUUGUGUCAUCCAGUGAAAACACUGACAGUUAUUACUGCUCUGAGUCUGAUUCAGAUCCCUCUUCAUCUAUUUGUCUUUCUAACAGUAGCUGUUGGGGUGUAACUUACACCUCUAGAAGAGUUUGUGCUUUAGUGGGAUCAACAGUAGAUAUUCACUCUUCAUACUCACAUCCAACUGGAUAUACAGUAAAUAAAACAUACUGGCAUUACUAUCAUCAUGGGGAACUCAGUGAUCUGCGUGAGGAUCAUCAGUUUUCUGGUCGUGUGGAGUUUGUGGGAAACACACUGAGAGUCAAAGACGUCAGCACAAAUGACACUGGAAUAUAUCGAUUCAGCAUCAUUACUAAAACAUCAGAUGAAGUUUUUGGUUCACAUGGAGUCGAUCUUACUGUAACAGAUACACGAGUGAUAAGCAGUCCAGACCCUGUGAUAGAUGGAGAAAAAGUGAUAUUAAGCUGUUCAACCGGAUGCACUCUGGAUAACAAACAUACUUACAUCUGGUAUAAGAAUGGACAACAGGUAACAGAUGGAUUGAGAUUAUUAAACAAGCUGUACCUGGACUCAAACAACAGUGAGGAGCUACAAGAAUAUUCCUGUACUGUAAGAGAUUCAAUGGACAAAACCACUAAAACAACUGACAGAAACAAUGAAGAAGCCGACUGUUUAGUGUAAAUAAUCUAAUAUUCAAAUAGAUGAAUUAUUCAUUGAAGUAUUGAGUUUAUCAUUCAACAGUCUUGUGUCAGUGUCAGAUCAACUGUAACAUCACAAUACAUAAAUCCUGUAAAAACUUUGCUAUAGUGCAUCUUUAUGUAGAUGAUACUGUGAUCUACUUUCAUCUUCACUGUCAGGUUAUUAUUAUAUAAACUUUGGGGACAUUAUUUACAUGCAUGUUGCUUUCACUGCAGUUUAGACACUGACUGUGUAUCAUAGCUCUUUAUGUUCUAUAAUUCAUUGUCAUCGUUGUAUAUUUUAUAAUACAGUCUUUUGGUUUCAUUAAGUUUGAGGAGACUGCAGCAUUGAUUUAUUUCUUUAAGCCGUAUUGAGUUAACUUCUUUUAUUUGGGUAAUCUUCUUUUACUAACAAAUAGUUGCUAUGAUUUUGUCUCUUCUAGAUGUCGACUCUUCAGUGUAUUUUGGUUUUAUUCAGGACUCAGUAGAAAAUAUUUUGCUUAUUCUGCAUUCUUGUCAUGAAUUAAUCUGCAGAAUAUAACAACAGCUUGAUCAUUUUAUUAACAUGGGAAAGUUUAAAGCGCUUAUUAAAAGUUUGAAGCUUAUAAAGAAGUUUCUGUUAUAAGAAUGUUAUUGCUAUAGGCUUGAAUUGGGGUAAAUACAUUUACAUGACAUUUUAGUAUUUACGAGUCCUUUACAGGUAUAUUAGUGCAUCUAAAUUUUGUACACUGUUUUUUUUAUUGUACUUUUAAUUUUGUCUUUAUGAAAGGUAUGGCUUCGCUGCUUGGUCUCCCACAGGCCGGGGACACACCUAAUGAUUUUUUGCACAGAUUAUGAAUGUAAUUUGAUUUGAACUACUGAUCAUGCAAGUGUUACCCCAGCGUUAUGGGCCUUCUUGGUUAAAUAAAGAUUAAAUAAAAUAAAUAU